AUGGGUGGUUUUGGACCUGAGAGUAAACAGGUGAGGAAGCCUGCACAAGUGAGCUCGAGAAAAGGUUGUAUUAGAGGCAAAGGCGGUCCAGAGAACGCUCUCUGUACUUAUAAAGGCGUCAGGCAACGAACUUGGGGUAAAUGGGUGGCUGAAAUCCGUGAACCCAACCGUGGUGCCCGUCUUUUGAUCGGGACUUUCGACACUUCCCUUGAAGCCGCCAUGGCUUACGAUGCCGCCGCACGUAAACUAUACGGCCCCGACGCCAAGCUCAAUCUGCCUCAGUCUCAACCCCUAAACGUGAAAAAUUCUGGUAUGAGCUCGUCGACUAUCCCAUCUAUAGCUCCACCAGUGUACAACAACUACGACGACCGCUCGAUCAUGUGUUUCGCCAAAGAGAACAUCGAGAAGGAUUCAGGGUUUGGGCAGGUUAACGAGGAUGGAACCGAUGGGUUCUGGGAGAAUAUGAAUGUUAUUGAAAAAGUAAAGAGAAUAGAGAAAUUACACAGGAAAGUAUGUGCUUUCAUAUUAGCAAGUUCACCAAUUUAUAAGGGAUACAAUGCUCAUCAGCUUUCCUCUAAUUGCCUAACAAUUCUAGCUAACCACUUAACAGAUUAA